AGAGAGCAGCGAGCAGCGCGGAGCCUCGGUCCAUGGUGACUUUUCUUGUCGAAAGUCUGAGCUGUGUCUUGCAGUGGUGCUCGUCGAUGAUCCCUGUGUGCGCUGAUCAGCCGGACAGAUUUUUAUACGCGGAUGGACGGAGCAGUGAGUCACUGAAGGGUUUUCCUGGGCAUCCUCAGGUUAAUUUGCGCAAAACCCAUGAUGAACUUUGAAGGUCUUGACCCGGGUUUGGGUGAGUACUCAGCAAGCCUUCAUGGGACCAUGGACACAGGGAUGGAGCCCUCUAUGGACCCCCACCUUAACCCCACCUUACUGCAAGGUGUGGAGCUUGAUGCGGAAGGGUUGACAAUGACAGUCUCGGAGUCUGUGCACCUAAUGGAGGGGAUGUUUUCAGAGCUACACAGCGUAGUUGCCGAAGUUGGCGUUCCAGUUACUGCAACGCAUUUUGAUCUCCAGGAGGAAAUGCUCUGGAUGGGAAAUCAUAGGGGUCACGUUUCUUCCUUUUUUGGAUCUACAAUGGGCCGCUAUUCUUCUUUUCAAGUGCACACAUCUGAUGACAUCCGCCACAUUCAAAGUUUGGAGACGGGUGUGCUGUUCCUCUCUAAGUCCAACCUCAAAUGUUUCACUCGUGGGGGUCUUGUCAUGUUUGAUUAUCCGAUGGAGAAAGGAGCUGAUAUGCACAGUCUGCUCAUGACUGAUAACAACACCUUGCUCAUGGGUGGAUUACAGAACUAUGUGGUUGAAGUCGAUUUGCCGUCUGUUCAGGAAACUCAGAAGUUUGCUGUUGAAGUACCUGGAGUGGCAAUAAUUCGUCAAACCGGUCGUUUCUUCUUCUGUGGACACACGUCUGGCAAGGUAACCCUCCGUGACUUGCGUUCUUUCAAGAUGGAACAUGAGUUUGAUGCCUUCUCUGGAAGUCUCUCUGACUUCGAUGUUCAUGGCAACCUUCUGGCUGCUUGUGGGUUCUCCAGCCGAGCACUGAACGGGUUGGCGUGUGACCGAUUUCUCAUGGUGUAUGACUUGCGAAUGAUGCGAGCCGUAACACCACUCCAAGUGCACGUGGAUCCACUCUUCUUGCGCUUCAUUCCCACCUACACGUCACGCCUGGCCAUCAUCUCACAGACAGGUCAGUGCCAGUUCUGUGAGCCCACCGGUCUUGCAAAUGUGGCAGAUAUUUUUCAUGUCAACACUGUGGGUCAGCUGCUUAUGAGUUUUGACGUAUCGGCCAGCAAACAAGCGUUGGCCUUUGGGGACUCUGGGGGGUGCGUACACCUGUGGUCCGAUGCUCCAGAGGUGUCAUUCAACGACUACUCUCGGGAGACAGAGUUUGCCCUGCCCUGCCUCGUUGACACGCUGCCUCAGUUGGACUGGAACCAUGAACUGCUCCCAUUGUCCCUUGUGCCCAUGCCGCUGACCAGCACAGAGCCGCUGCUGUCAGACUGGCCCGCUGCGCUGGUCACGCCCAGCCCCAGACGAGCUCCUCCUGUGGACCCUGAAAUCUUGCGCACAAUGAAGACCGUCGGAUUCAUUGGUUAUGCAGCUAAUCCUCGUACACGCCCUCGUAACCAGGUUUCGUAUAAGAUUAAAGAGGUGGAAAUCGAUUAUGAUAAUUUCAACCAGGUGCCUGAAUCACCAGUCGGACGCAAUGAGGAGCCACACCUCUACAUGGUGCCCAAAAAGUACAGAAAGGUCACAAUUAAAUACUCUAAACUUGGACUUGAGGACUUUGACUUCAAACAUUACAACAAAACUUUGUUUGCCGGCCUGGAGCCUCACAUCCCCAAUGCUUACUGUAACUGCAUGAUCCAGGUGUUAUAUUUCCUGGAACCGAUCCGCUGCCUUGUCCAGAAUCAUUUGUGCCAGAAGGAGUUUUGUUUGGCCUGUGAGCUCGGGUUCCUUUUCCACAUGUUGGAUUUGUCACGAGGAGAUCCGUGUCAGGCUAGUAAUUUCCUCCGUGCUUUCCGUACCAUCCCUGAGGCGUCGGCACUGGGCCUGAUUUUGGCAGAUUCAGACGAACAAACUGGGAAGGCCAGACUGGGUCGCUUAAUCCAAAGCUGGAACCGCUUCAUCCUCACUCAGCUCCAUCAGGAGACACAGGAGCAGGAGGGCCCACAGGCCUACAGGGGAGCCAGCAGCAGUUCUCUGGGUUCUUCUGGUGACUCUGCAGUCGGAAAAUUGUUCGGAUGUGAAGUUGAGAACAGCAGCUUGUGCCGCUGUGGCAAGGAGACGGUCCGUUCCUCCCUCACCUUACUCUUCACCAUGCACUACCCUGAACACAACUCACACGAAAAGACAACAAAGGAGUAUGACUUUGCUGACAUCCUGAAGAAGAGCAUCUGUCUGGAGCAGAGCACUCAGGCGUGGUGUGAAAACUGUGAGAAGUACCUGCCCACAGUGCAAACCCGUAACAUUCGAUGUCUGCCAGACGUUCUGGCUAUCAACUGCGAAGUGAACAGUGUUAAAGAGGCUGAAUUCUGGAAGGUUCAGGCAGAAUACGCUUUCAAUAAUGCUAUGCAAAAAGAGGUGAUGGAACCUGCAAACGCCAAAGAACCUCCACCUAUGCCCAACGAGUGGUGCUUGGACGGGGAGGAGUUUUGUACCAUGGAGGGCUUCACCUUAGACACACGAGCAGAGGAUCUGCGGCACGUUUGGAUCCCGCACACUCUGAAAAUGUCCAUCAGCAAAAGCCAGGGUCUGGAGAUCACCAGCUGGCUUGAAGGAGAGGAGUUGAGUUCUGCCGAUGAGAAGGAGGGAGCGUCGCUCUAUGACUUGGUGGUGACGGUACCACACAUCCUGGAUGCUCGUACAGGUGGAAACUUGGUCGCGCACAUCAAAGUGGGGGAGACGUAUCACCAAAGAAAAGAGGGAGUCACACACCAGCAGUGGUACCUUUUCAACGAUUUCUUAAUUGAGCCAAUUGAUAAGACUGAGGCUGCACAGUUUGAUGUGAGUUGGAAAGUACCGGCCAUCCUGUAUUACGCCAAGAGAAACUACCAUUCCAAAUACGACCUCCGCAUUAAAAAUCCCAUUGACGCCAGUGUGCUGCUGACUGAGGCUUCUUUGGCUCGGAAGCAGAGGAAGACUCAUGCCACCUUCAUCCCCCUCAUGGUCAGUGAGAUGCCACAGGCCGGUGACUUGGUGGGGUUGGAUGCUGAGUUUGUUACACUCAACCAGGAAGAAGCAGAACUGCGCAGCGACGGCACCAAGUCGACCAUCAAGCCCAGUCAGAUGUCUGUGGCCAGGAUCACGUGUGUGCGGGGUCAGGGGCCGAACGAGGGUGUGCCGUUCAUCGACGACUACAUUUCUACUCAGGAGCAGGUUGUUGAUUAUUUGACACAAUAUUCUGGCAUCAAACCAGGAGACUUGGAUGCAAAGAUUUCCUCCAAACACCUGACCACUCUGAAGUCCACCUACCUGAAGCUCCGCUUCCUCAUCGACACUGGAGUGCACUUCGUUGGUCACGGUUUACAGAAGGACUUUCGGGUCAUUAAUUUAUUGGUUUUGAAAGACCAAGUCAUUGACACGGUGUACCUGUUCCAUUUACCCCGCAAGAGGAUGAUCUCACUGAGGUUUCUUGCCUGGUAUUUUCUCGACCUGAACAUCCAGGGGGAAACCCAUGACAGCAUAGAGGACGCACGCACCGCUCUGCAGCUGUACAGGAAGUAUCUUGAGCUGAGCCGCGGCGGUGGGGCCGACGAAGUGAGGAAGAUUCUGAAGGGACUCUAUGAAAAAGGACGCCAAUUAGACUGGAAAGUCCCAGACUCAGAGACAGGAGAUGGUCAAGGUAGCCCAAAAAGUGCCACUGUUUUUCCCUCUGUGAUGGGACUGUGAGCUGCACCAAGUCCUGGGACGAUGUUCAGUCAUUUCAUUUAUUGACAGUCGGCAGCUUAAAGUGGACACAGCAGUUUUGAGCAUCUCCACUUUUACUUUUUGUUGAGUAACGCAAGACGAUAAAAGAGUGUGAAUUUGUAUUUUAUGACUUUGAAGGGCUUUUUUUUUCUUUUUUUACAUUGUAUAUUUGUGGCACUUUUAAGAUGAAUUUUUGUGUAUGACAUCAUAAAGUCUUGGGGGCAGGGCCUAAGUUUCAGCC